UUAGUAUUAAUCGAAUUGCGCCAGCGCAAUUCCAACCAAAGCAUUGAACUUUAAUUUCUACAAAAAGAGGCUUAAGACAAAAUUAAAUAACAUAAAAAUCAUUACGUGAGAAUACAAGCAAUUAAAUGGUGUAGUUGCAAAUAUUUUCAGAACAAUAAUAAUAUUCUACGACGAAUUCUGUAGUCAACGCAAUACGAAGUGUAAAGGUUUUCCUCUUUUGUGAAGUAGAAGCCAUCGUAACACAUUGAAGUUUCUUCGUUGUUGCUGUGUAACACUACUCUUAAAGUUUUAAGUUCCUUCAAGGCAGUAAUGGCUGUCAAGGGGCUAAUAGCAGCAAUUGUUCAAUUUUUAACUCAACAAUUAGAAGAAGGUGAUAUUACAGCAGAUUCUCGGGAAAGCCUUGAAGUAGCGAUACAAUGUUUAGAAAGUGCUUAUAAUGUACAAGCAUCAGAUACUCCAACAAAUUUUAACUUAUACGAAGUUUAUAAGUCUUCCGUAGAAAAUGCAAAACCUUAUUUAGCUCCAGAAGCUACUCCAGAAGCAAAAGCUGAAGCUGAAAGAUUAAAAAAUGAAGGAAAUACUCUCAUGAAGGCUGAAAAACAUCAUGAAGCUCUUGCCAAUUAUACAAAAGCAAUUCAAUUAGAUGGUCGUAAUGCUGUGUAUUAUUGUAACCGUGCUGCAGCAUAUAGUAAAAUUGGCAAUUAUCAACAAGCAAUUAAUGAUUGUCAUACUGCAUUGUCCAUUGAUCCCUCGUACAGUAAAGCAUAUGGACGUUUAGGUUUAGCAUAUUCCAGCUUGCAAAGACAUAAAGAGGCUAAAGAAAGCUAUCAGAAAGCUUUAGAAAUGGAACCUGAUAAUGAAAGUUAUAAAAAUAAUUUACAAGUAGCAGAAGAAAAAUUAGCUCAGCCAAGCAUGAGUAAUAUGGGAUUAGGUGGAAGUGCAUUACCAGGCAUGGAUCUUAGUUCACUCUUGAGUAAUCCUGCUCUUAUGAAUAUGGCUCGUCAAAUGUUAUCCAAUCCAGCUCUACAAAAUAUGGUGAGCAAUUUUAUGAGUGGACAAGUCGAACAGGGAGGACAUAUGGAUGCUCUUAUAGAAGCUGGUCAACAUUUUGCACGACAAUUACAAAAUGCUAAUCCUGAAUUAAUUGAAUCUUUAAGACGACAAAUGGGAGGAAAUCCAAAUGAUCCAGAUCCACCUCAACAAAAUUAAAAACUAUAAUUAUGAUACAUUUUAAUGAUUUUACAUGAAAUGGAAAUAAUCAAAUUUAAUUGGAACAUAUACAUAAUUAAAAA